AUGACUGACAGAAAAACGUAUACUAUUGUGAUUAAAUUAGGUUCUUCAUCUUUAGUCGAUGAAAAGACUAAAGAACCUAAAUUGGCUACCAUGUCUUUGAUUGUAGAGACUGUUAUUAGAUUAAAACGUGAAGGUCAUCAUGUUAUUAUUGUAUCUAGUGGUGGUAUUGCUAUUGGGUUGAGAACUUUGAAUUUGGAAAAAAGACCAAAACAUUUGGCUGAAGUGCAAGCAAUUGCUGCUGUGGGCCAAGGUAGAUUAAUUGGUAGAUGGGAUAUGUUAUUUGGUCAAUUUGGUCAAAGGAUUGCUCAGAUUCUUUUAACUAGAAACGAUAUCCUUGAUUGGACUCAAUUUAAAAAUGCACAAAACACCCUCACCGAACUAUUGAAGAUGGGGGUCGUUCCUAUUGUUAAUGAAAAUGAUACUUUAUCUGUAAGUGAAAUUCAAUUUGGUGAUAAUGACACUCUGUCUGCCAUUACAGCCGCUUUAGUGGGUGCUGAUUACUUGUUUUUAUUGACUGAUGUCGACUGUUUGUAUACCGAUAAUCCAAGAACCAACCCGGAGGCUUCUCCAAUUUUGAUUGUUCCAGAUUUAUCUAAAGGUUUACCUGGUGUUAACACUUCAAGUGGUUCCGGGUCAGAUGUAGGGACUGGUGGGAUGAAAACUAAAAUAGUGGCUGCUGAUCUAGCUACUAAUGCUGGAGUUCAUACAAUAAUUAUGAAAAGUUCUGAACCUGCCAAUAUUUUUAAAAUUGUGGAAUAUAUGCAAAGUGUGGAUUCUCAAGAUGCGAUCUUAAAAAGUAAUUAUAACUUAGAUUUAAAAGCUAUACAGAAGGAUGAAUUAACACGUUUAAGAGAUAAUAAUGUACCUUUGUUUACUAAAUUUAUCGCUAAUGAUACAAAGCAUCAUUUGAAAAACAGAGAAUUUUGGAUAUUGCAUGGACUGGUCACUAAAGGUGCAUUAAUUAUCGAUGAAGGUGCUUAUCAAGCAUGUACAAGAAAAAAUAAGGCGGGUCUUUUGCCUGCGGGGAUCAUUGAUGUGGAAGAUACAUUCCAUGACUUAGAAUGUGUUGAAUUGAAAGUAGGGAAAAGAUUGAAGAAUGGUGAAUUGGAUACAUCUUAUCCACUAAAGGUCGUUGGUAGAGCUCGCUGUAAUUAUUCAAGUUUGGAAAUUUCUAAGAUUAAAGGUUUGCAAAGUAGUGAAAUCGAAAAUGUUUUAGGAUAUUCUGUUAGUGAAUAUAUUGCCUUUAGAGAAAAUUUGGCAUUCCCACCACACUAA